AUGAAUCCACACAUCUCCGUACCACGACAACACAGCACCGCCAGCUUCGGCGGCAGUUCUGGCGCUGGUUCAGCCGGGCGAGGAAAUUCGAGUAUCAAGAUGCCGAGGUUUUUCAAGCGGUUAUUCAAGUUUCCGCAAAUGGACUUUGAGAUGGCCAUUUGGGAGAUGACAUCGCUGCUGAUUUCGCCAAAGAAAGUCUUCAAGUCUAUGUACUAUCAUGUGAAAACAAAAAACACCUGGCACCGACCGGACCCCUCAUUCACCUACCUCCUCUCCUUCUUCCUACUUUUAACCGCUCUAGCCUGGGGCCUCGCCUACUCGCCCAGCUUCGGAUCCAUAUUUCGUCUUUCGGUACUGUUUGUCUUUGUCCAUUUCAUCGGCACAUCACUCUUCAUUUCGACAAUCGCAUACUUCGUCGUUGGUCGCAUAUUUGGUCCCAAUGGAGCUGCGGCGAGUCUGACGGGUUUGUCGAGAGGAUCGAGGAUGCCGAGACGAGGUGCUGCGCAGGGAUUGUUCGCGCAGCCUGGUGAGAAGGAGCAGAUUGAGUUUGGGUAUUGUUUUGACGUCUCAAAUCGAGCCUUCUUCCCCCUCUACCUACACCUCUACGUCAUCCAAUUCCUCCUCCUCCCACUCCUUACCCGCAAUCCGCCAAACUUUCUCGCCACUUUUCUCGGAAACACGCUAUACCUCUCCGCGCUCUUAUACUAUACAUACAUUACCUUCCUUGGCUACAACGCUUUGCCGUUCUUACACAACACUGAAUUGCUCUUGUUGCCGAUCUUGGUAUUGUCGAUACUGUGGUUGGUGAGUUUGAUUGCCGGAUGGAAUGUCAUUACGCAAGGUCGCGGGGUUGAGGGUUUGUUCUGGGGGGUCUGA